AUGAGUGUCCCAUCUCAACGCUCCUUUGGGAGAUUCCACCCCCCGCUCUGUAACCAAAUGAAAUCCAGCACAGGCGCCCCAUUUCGCAGCCAAAAUUCACAAUUUUCAAGCUUUAGACAAAAUCCUUUUUCUCAAUCUAGUGACACAAAGCUUACACAAAAUGACGACACUCUCUCAGUUUUCAGUGAUUCUACAAUAAUGGGCCCUCCAAGCAUUUCUCAAGAUCAUUUUAAUUCCUUCAGAAGCGAUAUUUGCGAUAUGUUCAAGAUGAUCAUUGAUAAUAACCAGAAAAUGACUUUACAGAUGAUUGAAGCCUUUGUGCAAAAUAACCAAAAAGAGACAGAAAAAUCGAGAGAAGAGUAUAAAGAAAUUAAGGGUGAGAUGAUUGAUAAAAUUGAUAAUAUUUUGAGUGAAGCUACAAAUAAAAAUGAAAUAAAGCACUUAAAAGAUGAAUUACAAUGCAUGACUGAAGAAAUGAAAAAUCAACAAAUAAAUUUUCAAAAUGAAAUUAAAAAAAUCAGCCUUGGUUUAUCAAAUAUCCAAAGAAAAAAGCCGCGAAAGCAUAAGAAAAGGACUCCGGAAGCACCACGAAAAUGGUGGCGGGAAACAGAAAAGAUACCCCCUCUGCCAUGUCCUUGCCUUUUAUAUACAGAAACAAGGAUGACUCGCAGACAGAAAAUUAAAGCAUACAAUGAAGGUACUUUAAUCUGUAAAUGUAAAAAAUAA